GCUGCUGCGGCCGCCGCGCUCCGCCCCGGGGUGGUGGCGCGAAGGGCCGGCGGUGCAGCGCGGCCGGAGGAUAACCCUCUUUCCUGACUUGGUUGAUGGUAUGGUCUCUGAAACUGUUGUGAUGGCCCAGGGCCUGGCAUGAGUGACCAGCUGGGAAGCUGGGGUUGUGUAGGUAGACCUUGAUGCAACUUGCUUGAGUAUUUUGUUUUAGUGUGCUCACAUCUGGGCAUUUGAAGCUGAUGAAAUGCAGCACACAUCAACAGAAUUCAUCAAUUUUUAAGCAAGCAAAUAAGCAUUUGAUCCAAAAGAUGUUGCUCUAAGAGUCAGUGGACUCUAGUUUUGGCAGAACUGCUUGAAUCCUGCGACCAGGAAUGCUCUGCUGAACAUGCUGAACUGAGUCUCCAGAAGAGCAUGCCAGGAACGGGUUUGGUCACAGGUGACUUUUGAUACAACCAGGCAUUUUAGUGAAGGAGCUGUAAGACAGAGAAGCCUGAAAAGACUAAAGCUGCAAGAACAGGAGCACAUUCGAAAACGGGGGAAAAAAAGAGAGGGGGUUGAAAGAAAAAGACGUGGUGAUGAAAAGAAGUUCAAGAGAGAAAAAAGAAAGCUAAGCUCGAGAGGAGAGAAGAGAGGCAGAUAGAUGGAGAUGAGAAACACCCCCCACAGCAGCAGAAGGUACCAGCUGAAGAGCAGCAGUGGCCAGAGAAUAUGCCUGAAUGGGAAGAAAGGAAAUCCCUGCUAGCUCAGAGAAGAGUGGAGUCUGUCAGACUGCUUACAGUGCUGUUAAAUCGUGUGAACUUGGCAAGUCAAAAAGUGGAUCCUUCAUUGGGUGUAAGGAAGGACGAUUCAUUUUCUGAAACAGCAUUAAAAGACAUCCCCCAGGAACAGAUUAACUCCCACUGUCGCACGCACAAAGAGCUGAAACACCAGGAAGAGUUUAAGUGCCUGUUAACCCGAAAAGGUGGUGGUUUGUGCAGUGAGGAAGGAGAUGUGAGUAAUUUCCAUGCAUCUGCUUGUCACAUAGUCAGGACAGUGUUAAAUGAGCCCUCUCCAGCCCCGGGUUCUGAGGGACUGCCUGGCAGAGACGUGUGCGACUCCUCUGGCUGGGGAUCUUUGCUGAUUACGGUCACCCAGGACAGCAGGGUCAUCGAAUCUCUCGGUGGAAGGGACCACCCAGCACUGAAUGCAGCUCACACAGAGACAGUGCCUGAGGAAGAUGAUUGCAAAAAGCAAAAGGUUUAUGAGACUGAUGAAUUCAUCCAUUAUUUACUGAACUACUAUCAGACACCGCACUAUGCACGUGUUUGCUUAGAGCCAAAAAACACGGCGACCAAGUCCUGGUGGAAGAGAGUGGUGUCUGGUGAUGGUGGUGAUUUUGAUAUCAGCUUGAGUAACAAACAUGGGCAGCACCUCAGAGAAGUGAGUCCUGUACAAAACCUCCAGAAGAGAAAUUGUAGUAGCGAUAGUAAUUAUAGACUGGUGAUCACUGUUGGGGAACUUGAAUCAACAGACAAAGCGUCAGAAAACAAGGUCCAUGGGGGCAAGCUUGCAAAAAAGUUGCAAGUGCAGAGGAAUGACUCACUCGCUGUUGAUAACUUACCACAUGCAGUUCUGAAUCAUUCUUUGGAGUGCACUGCUGUAACUUGGAAUAAGGAGUUCAAACGAGAAGAUGGUAGAGAUGAAGGCACUGUAUCAUACGAAACAUGUAGAUCUGCUUGCAGAUUAAAGGAUUUGUUGGAAGAGAUCAGUGAUUCUGAGUACUUUAGAGAGGCAUGUGGCAGCUCAAUGAAGAGAGCAGAAAAAAGAUGUGAAGGAAUUUACAGCAAUUGCAAUAGAGGGUGCUUGCCUGGAAGAGGUGAGGAAGGAAAAUUGCUGGUUUACCAUAAAAAUGUAGCUCUAGAAGGUCAAGAGAAGGAAACCAACAAAUGUAAUUCCUGUUCUAAUUCUGUCCAUGAGAGCUUGACAAGGCAGUGGGAACAUAAGCUUAAAAAGUCGUGCAAGCGGUCUAGUAGUAGAUUAAGACAUGAAGGACAGAAAAGUGAGAGACAAUCCAGGGAAGAGGAGAGAAAUGCUCAUAAAAUGAAGAAAAAGCGAAAAAAGCUUUCUUCUAAUUUUUUAUCUGAUGAAUGUGGCUUUUCAGAGACGGACAGUUGCAUGCAGCUGGAGUCGCUCAGAAAGAUACAGAGAAAAUGUAAGAAAAUGUUCCACAAAAAAGUGAAAUUCAAGACACUUCACACCGCCAUGGCAGCACCAGAUGUGACCCCUUGUGAUGGCUCACCCCUUCAGGAGACCCUCCAGAGGAGAGGUGAGAAAGAGGGACACCACAACUAAGGGGACUGAAUUUGACAGACCCUGCAGGUGAGGAGAUGAGAGGAAACUAAUGCUGAGAAGAGAGAUGGAUGCAGAUGUCAGAGGAUGCCCUCUAUUUCCUCUUGAGAUAAUUCAGACAAACCCCUGCUCAGAUACUUUCUGUGGAGCAGAACCCAGAAGAGGAUGCUGAACAGCUACGAUAUAAUAGUUCUGAAUUUUUUGUACAGAAGUGGGAGAAGAAAGCCCUUUGAUCAUUAAAAGGUAUAUGAAAUACUGGUUUGGGGUUUUUUUUGCUUAGGUAAUUCCUUUGGUUAGAAUAUCUGACUGGUGCAGUGACCCACAAAAGCAGAAUCUGUGUUUGCCUUUUGGAUAACAGAGGACCAAAACUUUCCCCAGGGCCAGACAAACUUUCAUGGAUCAGCUGCUAAGAAUUUGAAAAGAUAUGAAUUGAGAUGUUGGAGUGUUAUACUUUGAUUAAAUGUAGGGAAUCAUGUAAAUAUCAAAAUCGCAGUAUUUAGCAAUGAGUCAUUGGAAACAAACAUACUUGUCAAUCCUAGAGCAAGCAUAUGAAGUGCCUCCUCAAUCAGAUUGUUAUAAUGAUGGGGCUGGAAGGUGUGGGGGACAUUUAUACUCAAUUGUGUGAAGUAAUAGAUUUCCAGAUAUGAAAAAAAUCCCAUCUUCUGUAAAACCCACACUGGAAAAAUGCUUGUUUUCUAUUCACAAUUCUAGAGGUGUUUCUGAAAACUUUCUGGUCUUUGGGAGGAAGGAUUUCACUGAACUUGUGCUCGAUGUAGUGUUCCCAGGAAUCUGAAUGGUUGUCUAAGCAAAGCUCUGAGUGUUCAAUAAUGAAAGGGCAAUGCUUCUCAGCCUGCUGACAGUCCUCUGUAAAUGCAGGUUGACAGUUUUUUCACACAAUUUCCAAGGCACAUGUGGUGAGGUAGCUAUUUAGUAUGAGUUUGCUUACAAAUAAUUUCCAGAGGAAUUGUGAAAUGUUGUGGGACUUGUGCUGCAUGUAGGUAAAAAUGUGAAAACGCAGUCUAGGAGCUUGAGUUAUAUCCAUAUUUAUUCAGCUGGCUAUAUCUACAAGACAGCCACAAUUGCUUUUGGACAAAGUUCCUUAGCAAGAUAUAGAGGACCAGCUCAAAGUUCAAUACUCUGAUUAUUGCAGCUUUCAUUUUAUUAAUGCUUUAUUUAUUACAUGUCAGUAGACUAAGUUAAUGUGAAAAUGUUGCCUUCAUUACAUAGAAUCUUACCCAUAUUUGUAACUUCUGCUCUAAUAAAUAGUAAUAAAAAAGAAUAAUUGUAAUUUUUUGUGGUAGAUAGAUUUCCCCCCAGUCUUCAAUACUGGUGAUUCCUACAGGCUUCUAAGCUAGGUUUUAUCAGCCUUCUCUGUUCAUAUGUUCAGAUGUUGAGUGCCUUUUCAGGGUUAUGAAUGACAAAUGGUUGCUACUCAAAGUAGUGUUAAUCUAUUACUUUUAUCUAAAAAGAUCUUAUUUUCUUGACAGAAAUAUUUUCUGACUAUUUUGGAGAACAUUUAUGCCCCUCUUAAGUCUCCUUUUUAGUAUUUUAUACAUUUCUAAUGAAGAUCAACUGUUGUACUUGUUGACUGUGUAAAAUGUUUUCAGUUGCACUGAUGUGACAUACCAAGGGUGUUUUUUCUCUAUGCAAUAUUUGCAGAUUAAAGAUGACAAAACUUCCCCCUCUGUCAAUCUAUAGGCAGUUCUGUGUCCAUGAGUACCUGUUUCCCAUGAGACAGGCCUUUUGAUUACAGGUGAGGAAGUUAUUUCUUUUUGUUAAUCUGGGGGAGAAGGAACAAAUGAUUUCCUUCGGUGUAAAUUUCCAGUGUUUUAUCAACGUGCUGGCACAAUAUUCAAUAACAAAUAAACACUCCAGUUCUGCAAUUGCUUCUUGCAUUCACCUACACUGAUUGAAACUGAUAAAGCAAAUCCUCUGUCUCCAAGUCCUCAUUCCAUGUAAAACCUCGUUAGUAAAUAAAAUAUGCAUGCACUUUAAAUUGA